AAUUUUCCCGCGCAUUUUGGCCCCACAUGUGUCCUCAUCAGCUGCUCACGAGCUCAUGCAACAAGUUGGUUAUUGCAAGUGAUGUGGUGUCAUUUAAAGACAAUAAUAGAUGUAAAUAAGGAUGGAACCCUGCGAAAUUGAAUUUCUCGGGGAGAAAAGACUAGUCAGUAUCGUUCCAAACUUUAAUUUCGAUGCUAUUCAUUUAAUAUCUGGAAGUGUUGGACCGUUCAGAGCGGGGCUACCAGUGAGGGUGCCUAUCUGGUUGGCUGUCAACCUCAAACAGCGACAAAAGUGUCGAAUUGUUUGUCCUGAAUGGAUGGAGCCGGAUAAUCUCGAGGUCCUGAAGGAAAAUGAAAAGCUGUCAAAAGUAUUUACUGAAAUGCCUCACGACCACUAUAUGGACGAGGCUCACAUCCUCCUGGGAGCUGCGUCCGACGAUAUUCCGCACGUUGACAACAUAAGGACCGGGAUCAAAGAUCUCUGGGAUAUGAGGAUGUCCAAACUGAGAACCUCCAUCGACGAACUCUUCAGAGAUCACAGUGCAGUGCAUGCGAUGUUAAAUAAUCUCACAGCCAUGGAGUUGAACGGGGCGAGACCCCUUCUGCCUCAUGCCAUGGAUCAACUCUUGAGGAUUCGAAUGAGCGAAGAAGCUGGGAAACGCUCUCAAUCUCAUCAGAGCAGUCAUCAGUCAGGUCCAUCAGAAAAUUAAUGAAAAAUUCAAGGAAAACAUAGAAACAAAUUGCAGAUACCAUUCCACGAUCACAGUUAGGAAAAUAGAGAUUCUCAUUUUCAGGAAAAAUCAUGUAUUCACUCGUAGAACUAGUAGUUCAAGGAAAACUACUGAAAAUCUGAAAUUUUUUAUACACUCACUCAGUUCUCAGGUGAUUGGGAGAUGAGAAGAAAUGUCAAUUCUUUUAUUAAAAAUGUCAAAUUUAUUCAUAUAAACUUACGUUUCUAUCUUACAUUUUGCUUUACAUACAGUCACUAGCAUCACUCAAUCACAUAUCUAUUCGAUCAUCUUUUAUAUUUUCGUUUGGAUAAAAAUGAAAACUGUACAGGUAUUGAAAUAUAUUUACAUUUGGUCGAUUUAUCAGAAAA